CGACUUUAUCACCUCGUCGGCUGGGGCGGUAAAAUGGCGGCGGAGGGACGUCGGGAGACGGAACGUUCACCCCCCAUUACUGUAGGUUCUCGAACAGUUUGAGGCUCGGCCAAGUUCCCGGAAUCAUGUCGCCAAGCUGCGGGCCGCUGGUUCCCCCGGAAGGGUCUGGCUUUGUCGGCUGGUGCAGACACACCAGCCAGGGUUUCUUCCUGAUGCUGCUCUGUCUCUUCGUGUUAAACAUCCGUUUAGGUGACUUGCUAACUUUGAGUGAAGUGAAAGAUUCAGAUGGCAUGCUGCCCGCCACACCGUGCUGGCAGGUCGAGCAGUUUGUCGUGGCCAGUGAGUGCAAGAAGUGCACCCUGUUCGAGGUGAAAACUCGAGCAGCCUGCGUCAAGACCGGAUUCGCAAUGAAGAUAAACUGCCCCGAGUCGCAGAGGGAGGAGUACAAGAGCUGCCGGUCAGCGUCGAUGGAGGAGACCCUCUUCUGGCGGUUCGAGGGCACCGUGAUCUCGCUGGCCGUGGUCUUCGCCGCGGCGGUCGUCCUGCGCCAGAGAGCGCUCGACCGCCUCGCCUCCGAGAAAGUCCGCAAGCAAAUCGAGUCGAUCUGAGGCCCAGCGCAUGAGGCAGAGGGGAUCCAGGCGGGGGUUGCAGAUGGCCUCCCCCCCCCCCCCCCCAUCGGGGUGCACGGACUGUGGGAGGCGGACGGAGACCCCUCCCCACCCCUCGCUUCAGCACACGAGAGGGACUCUGCAAGCGCAGCCUCGCUCACACUGAACCUGCACCUGUGGGUGAGACUGCACGGGGAUUCUGGAGUGCCCACACACUGGGCCAGAGAUACAGCGGGCUCUGGGGAGCCAGGACUGUGCCCAGUGUUCGGACCCUGUUACAUUCAUGUACAAUACAAAUCAAGGUGGUGCCUCUCUCUGCUCACCGAAUUCA